AUGUACUACGCGACUUUUGCCACGGCUCUGUUAUUAUACAUCCAAGAAUGCAAUGGUAUUGGCCGUUUAUGUCAAAAUGGGGUACAAUGCCCGGCUGGACAGUACUGUAUUUGGGGGAAAUGCUUUUGUUUCAAUGGGCAAGUCUUGAUGAACGAUAGAUGUGUUGUGGACUUUUAUUGCCGGAACGGAAAAGAGGUUUAUCAUAAUGGACAAUGCUAUCACCUAUCAGCGAUCGGCGGCAAAUGCCUUAUCAAUGAGCAAUGUUAUGGUGAAUCAUCCUGUGUAAAUAAUUCUUGCACUUGUCUUCACGAAACGAUUAACGUGAAUGGAUUAUGUCUAAAAAAGAGUUCACAUCCUAUCCGUCAAUGCGAAAUUCAUCAAAUUCUUAUCAAAGAACAAUGCUUGGAUAUUGUUACAAUUGGUGAAUCAUGUCAACUGGAUACACAAUGCUCCGAUGGAGCUAAUUGCUUAAAUCAACGCUGCUCAUAUCCAUUAGGAAUUGUUCAAAAUGAACAAAUAUUUGCACAAAAGAAUUGUUCGGAAAAUGAAGUAUUAAUUAAUGAAACAUGUUUAUCUCGGAUAAUUCCCGGUGAACAGUGCAUAGAUUCAGCGCAAUGUUUAGAUGGUUCAGAAUGCUCUUCUAUCACACAUAUUUGCAUUUGUCUAGAAGGAAUGAAUAAUAUUGGCGGAUAUUGUCGAAAAUUAUCUUACACUGAUCCAUGUAAUUCCGUUUCUCUGAUAUACGCUAAUGACAGUUGUCUAUCAAUUACAAAACCAGGCGAUAAAUGUAUUUAUGAUUUGCAAUGCCUUGGUGGAUCUAUUUGCACAGAUGGUCAUUGUAAUUGCCCUCAGAUUACUAUAAAUAUCAAUGGAUACUGUAUUGGAUCUAUAUUAUGUAAUCAAAAUGAUAUAUUUUUGAAUAAUCGUUGUUUCAAACGUGUUACUCUCAAUGAAUCAUGCAUGAUAAGUCAACAAUGUCCCAUUAAUGCUAUAUGCAAUUAUGCUGCCAAAUGCGCUUGCGCAAUUGGAAUGAUAAUGAUAGAUGGACGAUGUAAAUCUUAUCAGAUUAAUUAUUGUAAAGAUAACAAAAUUAUGGUGAAUGGACAAUGUGUAAAAAGACGUGUUCCAGGUAGCACAUGUAUUGCUAAUGAACAAUGUUUGGAUGAAUCAAAUUGCUUGAAUGGAUAUUGUAGAUGCGCUAAUGGUACUAAGCUUCUCUCAAGGUAUUGUAUUCGGCGUAAUGAAACCGAAAAAUGUGAUGAUACCUAUCAAAUUUACGUAAACGGAAAAUGCUUAGAUUUAGCAAUACCAGGUGAAGAUUGUGUUGACAAUUUGCAAUGUAUUGCAGCUUCGAUAUGUCGUGCAGGUAAAUGUGUAUGCUCAAAUGGAUAUAUUAAAGUGAAAAAAUACUGCAUUCAAGAUUUUAAACCUUCAAUGGAAUGUAAUAAUGAUCAGGUUUUGAUAAAUGAUCAUUGCUAUCAGUUAGCUAAAAUUGGUCAAUAUUGUAUCGAUACAGCUGUUUGCUUAGGUGGUUCCAUUUGUUAUAACAAUUACUGUACUUGUCCAAAAGAUACAGUUGCUGAAAAUGAACAAUGUCGACGAGAACGACAUUGUCUGGAGAAUGAAAUUCAAAUAGAUAGAAAUUGUUAUCCACGGAUUAAUAUUGGACAUUAUUGUCAAUUUACUGAACAAUGUACAUCAAUUUCAACUUGUCAAAAUGGUAUCUGUAUCUGUCCACCAGGUACUGUAUCUCAAAAUAACAUUUGUAUAUCAUCUGGUUCAUGUCCUACUGGACAAAUAUAUAUUGCUGAAAGUUGCUGGGAUAUAGCUUAUCUUGGAGAGCAAUGCAAGUUCACACAACAAUGUCAAGGUUAUUCUACAUGUAUCGAUGAUACAUGCCAAUGUUCUGAUGAUACCGCGGUACAAGAUGGAUUAUGCAUUAAAGAACAAUGCAAUAGUAGUGAAAUUAUGAUCGAUGGAAUAUGUUACAAUACAGCAAAAAUUAAUGAAUUUUGCUAUUAUACGAAGCAAUGUCAAGGGAAUGCAACUUGUCGAAGAGAUAAAUGUACAUGUCCACCAGGUACUAUUAAUUCUAAUGGUACCUGUAUCAUCAAUACGAAAUGUCAACCAUAUCAGAUUUCCAUCAAUAAUUCAUGUCUUGAUACUGUUCCUAUUGGAAUGGCUUGCCAAGAUAAUUCUCAAUGCAUUGAAUCAGCAAGUUGUAUGCCAGGAAUAAAUUUGAUUAAUUCUAAUAGUCGAACAUGUCAAUGUAAUAAUGGUACGAUAUUUACUGGUUACAAAUGUUUGACCUCACCGAUACAAUGUCCCAUAUCUACCGUUUAUAUCAUUGAUGAAGUUUGUUAUCCAUUGGUAGAAAUAGGACAAUUUUGUUUAUAUACUAUUCAAUGUAUGGGUUAUUCAGUAUGUUCAGGCCAAAUAUGUAAAUGUCCUCUUGGCUAUACUGAAAUUCAUAAUGUUUGCAGGAGAAUUAAUUGA